AUGAAACUAAAGAAAGAGCUGCGCGCUGUCAAGGAGAUCAACGAGCAAGCGAGGAGAGAAAGGGAAGAACAGGAGAGACACAAGCAACAGCAACAGGAGAAGCAGCAGCAGAAGAUGGAGCAACAGACCCACUCUACCAUCCACCAACACCAUCACGAUCCCAUGAAGAUGGGUCUGGAGAAGACGGGCAGCUCGGAUCUGCUCAAGGCUGUUUCCAAGGUACCUACUUAA